CCCGUUCCAAACGCCUGAUGAAUAAAAACGGUCGUUGGCCCAAGAGCGUGCGGCGCGUGGCAGCGCGCGCGGAGCUGCCGCUCGGGAGCGGCUUUGAGGGCGCAGAGCGGCGGUUGGAGUGAGCCGGAGACAGGCACCUGUCCGGGCAGCCCGCCCGCGCCGCCUGAAGGGAAGGACCCAGCCGGCCACAGCUUCGGGCCGGUCUCCAGUCCCGGAAGCGGGACCAUGGCGGCGCCGUAAGAGCUGCGGCCCCCUCGCCCGCGCGGGCCCCGGGCAGCAUGACCUGUGUGAAGAUGACCUGCUUGGAAGUACCUGUCAUUGAUGUCCAGAAUGAUAACUUCAAAGAGCUGUGGCCAUCCAUGCUCCUGGCCAUAAAAACCUCUAGUUUCAUAGCUGUUGACACGGAGCUAAGUGGUCUCGGAGCGAGGAAGAGUCUGCUAAACCAAUGUAUUGAAGAGAGAUACAAAGCUGUCUGCAGUGCUGCCAGAACACGCUCUGUCCUGUCUUUAGGAAUCGCUUGUUUCAAACAGCUCCCAGACAAGUCUGAGAAUACGUACCUCUCCCAAAUCUACAACCUGACCCUGCUGUGUAUGGAGGAGUAUAUCAUUGAACCUCAGUCAGUUCAGUUUCUGGUGCAACAUGGCUUUGACUUCAACAAACAGUACUCGCAGGGGAUUCCGUACCACAAGGGUAAUGACAAGGGCAAUGAGAACCAGAGCCAGAACGUUCGUGCUUUCUUCUUGGAGCUGAUCCGAGCAAAGAAACCUCUCAUUCUGCACAAUGGCCUGAUAGAUCUGGUGUUCCUGUACCAGUGCUUCUACGCCCACCUCCCUGAUAAUCUUGGCACCUUCACUGCUGACCUUUCGGAGAUGUUCCCAGCUGGGAUAUACGAUACCAAAUAUGCUUCUGAGUUCGAGACCCGCUUCGUAGCCUCCUAUCUGGAGUACGCCUACAAGAAAUGCAAACGAGAGAAUUGCAAGCGGAAGGAUUCCAGCAGCCAGCACCUAUCCAUUGAGUUUUGUAACUACCCCGCAAGCAUGUCUCCAUACAUCGACUAUCGCUACUGCUCCGUGGCAGACACUGAUCACAAUGUGGCAGAUACAAAUAAGGUCCAAGUCUGCGAAACAUUCUCGGCCUACGGCUGGUGUCCCAACGGGGUGAAGUGUUCCCGGUCUCACAACAUCGACCUCAUUAUCGACGAGGAUGAGAAGUUUAAAGAGGAGAAGCGGAAGAAGCGGAAGCAGAGGUGGAGGCGCCGGAAGAAUGCAGAGGAGUCCGUGAAAGAGUCUGAGCAGGGAAGUCCGGGAAGGGGGAAGGACAUGGAGGUGGCUCAGAAUGGGGAGAACGAGCCUCCACGCAAACAAAGCUGCCCUGGCAGUCUGGCUGCUGAGAUGGUCCCUGCUCGUGCAGAGCCAGCAGGGAACGGUUCCAGUGAGGAGGGCCCCUUGCCGGAGGUGGAGAGUUCGAUUGACAUGGACCGUGAGCCUGGCUCUGACAGUGCCACAGACGUCAAGAUGGAGGAUGAUCUGGGGGAUGCCACAGACCAGGCGAGCAGCACGCACCCAGCUGCCCCCCCAGUAGAAACAGACGUCAGUCUCGCUGCCAGAGGAAACGCCUUGGACAGCGGCCAAGUGAAAGGGCAGCAGGUGGGCACUGAUGAGCGAGGCUCAACUGUCCACCCGCAGAGCUGUUCUGAAACUAAAACCCCCUCCUCUGCCAGGAAGCACACGGCGUCCCAGGAGAGCCGCUCGGAAGGGGGCAUCCACCGAGCUGGCUUUGAUGCCUUCAUGACUGGCUAUAUCAUGGCCUACGUCUGGAUGCUUAAGAAAGGGGAGGGCAGCGACUCUGGCUCUGGGCCAUGGCUGCCAGACUGUCACAAUAAGUUGUAUCUCAGUGGGAAAUCGGUGCCACUUCAGAUAGUGAAGAGUUUGUUUUCUAAAUCCUCCAAAGCCCACAGCCAGAAAAUGAAGCUGGCCUGGGCUAGUGGCUAGAACUGGGAGACUCUUGUGUUGUGUUUUCCUCCAGCACUUGGAGGCUCUUCGCUUGGUACAUGAAGAGUUUAGCAGGAGGGGAGCAAGUUCUUAGUCGUCAUGUUUUAUUUCUGUACAAUUAAAUUGCACCCUACCUGAAUUCCCACAUGGUCUUCCUUACCCAGGGGCAGCAGCGUUGUGGGUCUGAGACCGCAUUGGCUGGCUCCUGCUUUUAGGGGAGUGGGGGCUCUGUUCUAACAUUGCCAUGACUUUCACCAGUUAGAUGGCCUGGGGCUGCAUCUUUCAAGAACCACAGCCUAGCUCAGAGCUCCCUGGGGUAAGGCGGCCAGCCGGCCUCUCUCUUCACAAGGGGAAUAGAGGAAGAGGGAGGCCGCUUUAGCUAAACCCAUUCUCGCCGGUGAGGGGGCAGCUAAGAGGCCAGAAUUGUGACUCUAGUUUCCAGAGGGUUGGAUUCCCUCGUAAGGGCAGAGAGAAGGAAGGACACCCCAGCUCCCAUAUUGCUCAUGGGUGGGGGGGCCAGUAUCUUCCCACCUUACGUGGUGUGUUCCCAGGGGCUGGCGGUUUGCUGCUAUCCCAUUUCUCCUCCCUGGG